AUGUCGGCUGCUGCCAGGAAACGGCUUCAAGCUAUCAGCCAGCAGCUGGUGGAAGGUAUCCCGGAUUCCGGCGAGUUCGAGAACAUCCCUAGGAUCCGGGAAGUUGCUCAGGAUUCCCUUGGGCCGAGAGUCAAGGGUAAAGUCGUGAUUAUAACCGGAACUAAUUCACCUAUCGGGAUCGGACGAGCAACAGCUCAUCAGUAUGCUCGCCAUGGUGCCAAGGCAAUCUACAUUUGUGAUUUUGCAGACUCGCAUCUCGAUGUGCACAAACGGGAGAUAGAAUCUCUGUACCCGGGUGUCGAUAUCCAUACCAGACAGUUCGAUGCCGGAGACGAGACCGCGGUCAAGAAGGUUGUCGACGAGGUUAUGGAGGCUUAUGGCCGUUUGGACAUCAUGUUCGCCAAUGCGGGGAUCGUUGGAGCUCCGAGACUAUUUACUGAAGUCACAGGAGAAGAGUUUAUGCAGACUAUGGAUACAAAUGCCAAGGGACCCUUCUUAGCAACCAAGUAUGCCUCCAUGGCCAUGAAGAAAACCUCUGCUUCGAAACCAUACCCCGCUGGAAGCAUCAUCCUCACCGCUUCUGUUGCUGGUAUGCGUUCCAACGCUGGUUCUACGGACUACUCCGCUAGCAAAGCCGCAGUCAUUUCGUUGGCACAGACAUGCUCGUUCCAACUGAGCGGUACCGGGAUUCGUGUGAACGCUAUCUGCCCUGGUGUAGUAGAGACCGGUAUGACGAAGGCGAUGUAUGACCAUGCUCGAAGCAGGGGAACAGAGAAGAAGAUUGGACAGCUGAAUCCGUUGAUGAGAGGGGCUGUUUCUGACGAGAUUGCUCGCGUGGCGCUAUUCCUCGGUAGUGAUGAGAGUAGCUAUGUCAACGGACAAGCGUGGGCGGUCUGUGGAGGUUUGAGUGCAGGACACCCAUUUAUACCUGGGAAAUUGGCAUAG